AUGCGUUUUGAUAUCAAUCCGUUAUGCUUGGCCGUGCUUGCCAUCGUCCUGGCCAUUAUCCACCCGGUCACGGCGUACCCUAUUGGAACAGCCAAGUGGGUGAAGACAGGUCAAAUCGAAGACCCAGAGUCUCAUGGACUAUGGUCAGUCUUUGAAAAAGAAGAAAGAGAACCUCGCUCCGAAAUGCCGCCAGCCAAACCCAAGCAGACGCAGGUGAAGCUCCCCUGGUCCAAGCAUGGCCAGUAUGACGAUAUGCCCGAAUCAACCUCUCGGCGCGGGUCCUCAGAACCGGAGCAACCACCACAUGUAUCCCUCUUGGUACCAGUUGCGCCAGCCAAGUCCGAAGAGCAGACGCAGCAAAGCAACCAAGAAGAGCACCAGCAGUCGUAUUCAGGGCACGGGGCCGACUCCAUCCUGGCGUAUCGACUGAAACACUAUGGCAGAUUCCUGGGAUUACCCGGCAGAUCUUCCAAGCAGAACAUAUCCCGUCUUUCGCUGCAGUCGUUUGACUUCUUUUCGUGGCGCAUCUCGAUUCCCUGCCUGCGACUUACGCCCUCAUUCCCGCAACGCCCGCUCCCGGGAAUCUUCGCGACAGCGGUCAUUCUCCUGGCCCUGGUUUGGGUUUCCAUCUUUGCGAUUGGUGUCUUUGAGUUGGGGAGCUAUCUCUGGCAGCAAUACCGACGAGGAGGCAAUGACUCUGUGGGGUGGGACGACGACGAGCAGGGGGAUGAUGGGGCCAAGGACUCGUUGCGAGAUGAGAUUGUUCUAGAAGAUUUGACGAGCGACGGGGUUGCCAAAAAGCCCAGAAAUGAGGGUGGCUGGUUGUCGAGCUGUACCGAGUACAGAAUCCGGCUUUAA